CACACACACACACACAAAUCACACCCAAAUUUGCAGAGAAACCUCAAAAAAUAUUUUCCCACUUCGCCAUGUCCAAUAUUUCAGCUCUCUAACACCAUCAAUCAUGAACAGUAUUGCUUCUCCUACACAGGGAAAACCCAGUAGGGGUGGCUGGAAUGCUGCUAUUUUCAUCAUCUUUGUUGAGGUGGCCCAGCAGUUUGCAUUCUAUGGGUUGGCAAGUAACCUCAUCAUGUACCUCACAAAUGUUCUGGACCAGCCCUUGGCCACGGCGGCUAAGAAUGUAAACGCCUGGCUCGGUGUCUCAUCUGUCUUCCCCGUGCUCGGAGCCUUCGUUGCAGAUUCGUAUUUGGGUCGCUUCACGACCAUCCUCUUCUCCAUCACCAUCUAUUUCAUGGCCAUGGUCCUUUUAACUCUAUCAGUCUCAGUAAUUCCUUCGCAAAGUCACCGAGCGGUGUUCUUCGUGGCGCUGUACAUUUUAUCGGUUGCCCAAGGCGGGCAAAAGCCAUGCGUGCAAACCUUUGCAGCAGACCAGUUCGAUGAGAACACGCCGGAGGAAAGAAAGGCCAAGAGCUCAUUUUUUAACUGGUGGUACUUGGGUUUGGUGUUUGGUGCUACUUCUGCCACACUCGGAGUUGUAUAUCUCCAGGAUAAUGUUGGGUGGGGAUUAGGGUUUGGAAUAUUGGCAGGGGUCUUGAUGGUGUCACUAUUAUUAUUCUUGGUGGGAAUUAAAAGGUACCGGAAGCAAAGGCCUCCUGGCAGCCCAUUUACAACGCUGGCACAAGUGUUUGUGGCAGCAGCUCGGAAAUGGCACGUCAAUGAGACACUCAAUUGCGAGAGUGUAUAUUAUGGAGACGAGAAUGGUGGAGCCAUGGUAGAAGGUCAACCUCAAGCUCUAGUCUUGUCUCGUACUAGUCAACUGAGAUUUCUGGACAAGGCAAUGAUCAUAGACGAAGUAGAUGCAUCAACCAAAACCAGAAAUCCAUGGAGGCUAUGCUCUCUCAAUCAAGUGGAAGAAGUAAAGCUUGUCCUCCGACUCAUUCCCAUAUGGUUAAGUUGCCUAAUGUUUGGUGUAAUCCAAGCCCAACUUCACACCUUCUUCACCAAACAAAGUAGCACAACAAUCCGAUCAAUCGGUCCCCAUUUCCAAGUCCCUCCAGCAUCACUUCAAGGACUUGUUGGCAUUGCCAUCUUAAUCGCUGUUCCACUCUACGACCGAUUUUUCGUCCCACUAACCCGAAAAUAUACUGGAUACUCCUCAGGCAUUACCGUGCUACAAAGAAUCGGGAUCGGCCUAGUUAUAUCAAUACUCAAUAUGGUUGUGUCAGCCCUAGUAGAGGCCAAAAGGCUCGACGUUGCAAAACAUUAUAAUCUCAUUGACAAGCCUAAAGCAAUAAUACCAAUGAAGGUAUGGUGGUUACUCCCACAAUACCUAAUUUGCGGUGUCUCCGAUGCAUUCACAACCGUGGGACUUCAAGAACUGUUUUAUGAUCAAAUGCCGGAGCAGAUGAGAAGCAUCGGGGCAGCGGCUUUUAUUAGUGUUAUCGGAGUUGGCAGCUUUAUAAGCUUUGGUAUUAUAAGUAUUGUGCAGUCCAUUACCUCAAGAAAUGGUGAGAAAUGGCUUGGGGACAAUAUAAAUCGGGCUCACCUUGAUUACUUCUACUGGGUGCUAGCAGUAUUGAGCACACUGAGUUUGUGUGUUUAUGUGUUAAUUGCAAGGGCUUUUGUGUACAGAAAGGUUGGAGUAGAAGAGAAACUAAAGGCAGAGAUGAGCUUAUUUGCAAAGAACCAUGAUGGAGGAGAGACAUGAGACAUAAAAGGCAAGAUUAGAGCAAGUACAAGUCUAAGACUCACAACUUAAACUUGGGAUAAAGUGCUCUACCAUUAGCAGCUAGAAGUUAAGCUCGACAAUUACAAGUAC